GUCAGGGGCCGCCCGAGAUGUCCCCGUUUGGCGAAAGUCUGGUGUUUGUACCAGUGCGUAGCAGUCGCUGUGGAACUGCAUGAAGACGGAGCUGUGGUGCUUGUUGUCAUUUCCCCGAGCCUUCAGAGUAUCAGGCCGCGCAGUUUGGAAGGACGGCGCCCUGUGAAUCCUCCCCGACUCCUUCCCUUUCUUUCCGCUCCAUCUCGCCUGUGGGUGGCUGCCCUCGGGCACGACCUGGGGUCUUUGAAAAGCCUUCGUUCCGUCGUUAGAGCGGGCGUCCCCCCAAAGUGGGCCGAUCUUAGAAAACCCCAGGGCGGGCCGUGGUUGUCGACGACUCGCUUCUCGCCUCGUGCCCGCUGUAGAGAGGAAGGGGCUGAGAGUUGAAGCCUGAGCACCUUAGUUCUAGCCUGCGUGUUGCCCUUAGGUAGCAGGUUUUCAUGACCUCAGAGCCUGUUUCCCCGCUUGAAAAAUUGUGAAACCCACCUUACCUCUCUCCUGCAGCGUUAGGUACUGCCCUCUGCGGGCUUCCGUAGUGUCCUUUACAUGCUUAGGGUACCCAUCACCCUGUUUAGAGUCUGUCUCCCCCCUCCAAACUGUCCUGGGAGAAGUCUGUCAUCAUUCACGGGGUCUGUGACAUGCCUAGCACAGGGCUUAAUUCAGGUUUGUUGUAUGACCUAGAAAACCUUCCACAGGAAUCUGGGGGCAAGAGCUGCUCAUGGGCCUUGUUGCUUCUGGAGGGCUCUUGAGUGAACAGCAGAAGCAACCUUGCAUUAGAAAAAAAAGUUGGGCUCUACUUGGUUCUUUAGGUGGCAUUUUAGUUUGAUCAUCAAGAAGCCUUACCAAUACACAUAGACAGCAAAGCUUAUGCUCAUUUAGGUCUAAGUAACAGGAACACAGACCUGUGAUCCCCAUCAAACCAGAGCUACGCAUUACUGAACAUUUGUGAGUUACUCUGCUUUGUGCUGCACAAGCAAUAUCAUGUUAAACAUAAAUUAAUCCUAUAAAUUGGAUAGUAUUGUCAGACGGGGAAAUUGAGUCACCUAGUUAAGUAACUUGCCUGGUAACUAGGCCCAGGUUUCAACUCAAGUCCGUUUGACUUCAGAUACUUAACUAUUCUGUGAUUAAAUCUGCAUUUAGUUUCUAGAUCAAAACAAUUUGCUUUAUUCCCCUGUUUUACUGGGGAGGUCCUCACUAGGAGUAGACUAAUCAGAACUGUUGGCACGUCAUACAACCCUCUGAAAUGUAUUUUCUCCCGCUAUAUACACCAGCCCCAUCGCCCCAAACUUUAUGCUCCUUGUUCCUUUGGUAUCAGGAUCUUUAUAUUGAUCAGUUCUGUCAUAAUAUACUUUCUUCCUUAUACUCUUCUAUUGUGACUGUUGAAAUAAUUUACUACUUGUAUUAGACUUACUAUAUGCUUUAAAACAGGAUCUCUAAAAUGGUAAGUUACUUAGGGAAUAAAUGAAUGAAUUGCUAAUUAAAGCAAGUGUGUGAAUCAGAACUCAAAUGAAAAACAGCUUUGAAAAAAGUUUCAGGAACAGUGGAUUGAAGAGACAGGGAAGAGCAAUUAGGAAUCAGGUGGCAGUUAGACCCCUGUAGGUAGGUAGAUCUCCUUCCCUCCUUCAAUUAGGUUAAUAGGCAGCAGCUCCCAUCAGAAUCGGAAAUAAAUGGAGAGCUAGGGAUGGACCUUAACCAACUUGAUUAGGAGAAAGAAGGGGUGGAUGAAGGUGAAGGCAAAACAAGGACACAAACGAACUGCACCAGGAUGUUACGCUGUGCCUGGGCGCCAGGUGAGCGGAUGGAACGAUUUGUCCGCGUUCCCUAUGGCUUGUACCAGGGCUAUGGGAACACACUACCUCUGGGCCAGCCUGGACACUCUGAGCACAAACAGUCCAACUGGAGGCAGAACGCUGGACCCCCGACUUUCCUGGCCAGGCCAGGGCUGCUGGUGCCUGCAAAUACCCUGAACUACUGCAUGGACCCUUACAAGAGGGCGCAGCUUAAGGCCAUUCUCUCCCAGAUGAACCCCAGUCUGCGCCUGCGGCUGUGCAAGGCCAACACCAGGGAGGUAGGCGUGCAGGUGAGCCCGCGUGUGGACAAGUCAGUGCAGUGCUCGCUGGGGCCUCGCACCUUGCGCAGCUGCUCCCCUUGGGGCAGGACAGGUCGCAAGACACCCCUGCCAGCCUGGGGAGUCUAUACGCCUGUGAUUGCCCACAGGGGCUUGAUUGGGCUGCGAAAGGAUGGGGAAAAUGAAGAGAGGAAGGUGCUUUCCAGUCCUGCAGAGGCCAGCCACCAGCAGCAGCCACCACCAACGCCAGGGUCAGAAGAGGACAAGCAGGAGGAACUCCUGCAGCAUGAUGAAUUGGGACCAGCAGAUACCUCAAGUCCUCGGGAAAGACAGAACAAACAGGCACAGGGAGACGCUGCUGAUCCACUCAGGAAACCCAACUUCCAGUUUUUGGAACCAAAAUAUGGCUAUUUUCACUGUAAAGAUUGUAAGACGAGAUGGGAGAGUGCUUAUGUAUGGUGCAUUUCUGGAACUAAUAAAGUUUAUUUCAAACAACUCUGUUGCAAAUGCCAAAAGAGUUUUAACCCUUAUCGAGUAGAAGCAAUCCAAUGUCAGGAUGCCCAGAAUAACUGGCAACAUCAAACUAUUCCAGAAGACAGAGAACCUGAUUUUAAAAAAAAGAGUUGGAGAGAAUCACUUGAGGAUAAGCAGUGUUCUGAGGUCAAACAUUUGUUGAGUUUUGCUUUGGGACAGAAGCCAAAUGGUAGCUCUAAUCAGCAAAAUAUUAUCUCCACCAACUCUGGACAUAAGAUCAGUAUUUAAGUGGAGUGACACCAUCAUUUCUCCUCAAGGCCCACCUUGAAGAUGACUUCGCAUCCUCUGAAGAGUGCACAAUCUGAAAUGCUUUUCCAGUAGUGAUGAUGUAAUUCCAAGGUAAUACCUUCUGCACCUAGAUCAGGCAGCAGCCUCCUGUCUUCCCUAAUCCACUCUUGCCUGUUUCCAUAGUAGAGUGGGAGAACCAUCAUCUAAUCAUACCCACCUGUUAACACUUUUCCAUUGCGUGCCAUUGCUGCUAAGAUAAACACUCAAGUUUGGCAGGGUCUGGCUUCUGCUAGCUUGUCUAGACUCUUCUCAAAUUUUUCUCUAUGUCACUUUACGCCUCUCUCUUGAGCUCUCUUCAGUUCUUGCAAAGGUCUAGGUUCCCUCCUGCCUCGGGGCCUUUACACAGGCUCUCUACCCACUCCUCUUCACUCAGCUAACUCGACCUCAUGUUUGACAUCUUCGCUCAGAUGACACUUCCACGGAGAAGCCUUUCCCAGAACCAGCCUCCGCAUAUGAUCAGGUUCUCUUGCUAUCUUCUUUCAUAGCUUACUCUUCUUUCCUUUCCUUCCUGGCACUUAGAGCAGUUUAUACCUGUAUGGUUUUUUGAUCAAUGUCUGUCUCCCUGACAAGAUCAGAUGCUCCCCGAGGGCAGAGGCCCGUCUGUGGUUCACUGUUGUGUCCACCAUAUGGGCACACAGGAGGCACUCAGUACGUAACUGCAGAAUGAAUGAUUUUAAUCUGUGCAACUCUUCUGCCUGAUUUCCUGUACAAUGUGGCAUACAUUUACAAGCCAGCUGGUCUGAGGUGUGUACUUAAAGCAAUUGUAAAUGAGGAAAAAAAUAAUCUGUUUUAGAGCAAUUGCUGAAAGAUCAAUAAAGACUUUCUUCAUUGAAGGAACUAAGUGGUUCAGUGAAGAAUUAAUGAAAUUUGGUUUUAUAUUCUGAAUGAAGAACAGAUUUAUUAGGAAAUGAUUAGUAUAGUUAGUGUCCAGCAGAAAGGUUAUUUUUAUACCUCUACUUUUCCAAAAAGAAGAAAACCCCCCCAAAUCCCAUCAACACACAGUCAUGCUUGGCUUGAACGUCAUUCCAUCUUACUCUAUUGGUGUCAUGUGAAUGUAUGGGAUGACUCAUUCUGCCUCUUCCUUUCUUAAGUUCCAUGCUUCUUGGAUGGAUCAAAACCAACACACAAUGUCAGAGCACAGAAAAGAUAAAUUCUAACAGGCUUU